UGUAGAGUUGUGUGUGUGUGUGUGUGUGUGUGUGUGUUUGGUCCUGGCGCAGACACACCCUGGAGCAGUAUACAGACCCAGAGCCCACAGCAGGAGGUGGAGGGGGUGCAGAAGAAGACUGCCUCUUUGGAUCGCAACCUGAACCCAGAGCAGACACAGCCUAGAGGAGCUAAGAGGUCUGGAUCUUGUGACAGUGUAGCAGCAAACUCAUCACCUGCAUUCCCAUCUUCCAUUCAGCCUCAGUCCCCAAACAGGUCAGUGAGUGGGAAGAAGCUGUGCUCCAGCUGUGCUCACCCUCUGGGUAAAGGUGCUGCCAUGAUCAUCGAGAGCCUCAGUCUCUACUUCCACAUACAGUGUUUCAAGUGUGGGGUCUGUAAAGGUCAGAUCGGGGACACCAGCACAGGGACUGAUGUCAGAAUUCGCAAUGGCCUCCUCAACUGCCAGCAGUGCUAUCAAAGAUCACGUGCUGCGGGCCAGCCCACCACCUUGUGACCCGUCUGGGCCUCAUCUCCACACAGCUGAAGCACAGAGAACAUUUCGGUUUGUCGAAACCUUGUUUUUUUUCGAGAGAGACAAUCGCCGCUGGGACCCCAGUCAGGACUUAAGCGUUGGAGCACUGACAUUUUCCUAACUCACGAGAACUGAAGUUAGAAUGACCUUAACUUUGUCUCGCCACAAAAAUAGGGAAAUGGUUUGAUAAGCUAAGAACUGGACUUCACUGGAUGUACCGUAUACCGCUGAUCUCUGAAUCAUAUUGUACCUUCUUGUUUCAUUUGGAAUUCUAUAUAAAACAUUAAUGAUGCAAUAUGGGAGUCUGCUAAUGCAAUAAUUUUGUUUCUGUAACAAAAUAUUAUGCAAAAGAAGUGCAUGUAUUUUCUCAUAUGACAAUACUGUCUUAUUUUCAGUAUGCAAGCUUUGUUAAGUGGCUGGUUUUUGCUUCUCGUUCGUUCGCAAAAUGAAGACCCGCUGUGUGAUACAAUGGUUCUUUUUCUCCCUUUGUAUCCAGUGGGCAUUAGGGUAGGUCAGCAAGGACUUAAAUAUCAAUCACACUGGAACUGCUCCUUGCUUUUAGAUUCACAAUGACAUUGCCAAUUUCUCUCAUGUUGUAGAGACGUGUGCACUUACGUAACACACUCCUAGGGAUCUCUCAGACGUCCAGUGCAAGUUGUGUUGUCCAAAAUUUACAGUAUCUGUCUGUAUUUCGAUAUACUGGAGACACCAAGCCAAAACGGAUCAAAUAAUUCUGGCUCUGUCAUUCGUUUUUGUUUGUUUGUUGUGAAUGGCGAAGUAUCGCUCGUAUCCUUCUCCCUGUAAAAUGGGAGAUGGGUGUGCAUAGCAGCCGGAUAUUUGUGAUUCUUUAACUGGACUCUAGUACUGCAGUCAGAGCUCUGAUUUGGCUGCCUGCAGUAGCGUGCAUGGAGGCUGCGGAGCUUUCAAUGGCUUUAGAACACUGAGUGUGUCUUUUGACUGGCCGAUUUAAAAAAAAAAAAACAUUUUUGGCCAGGAGUUUUUUUUUUUUUUUGACUGACCUUUUUAAUUAUUUAUUUUUGGAAUGCCAGAGCUCGGCGUAGAGUCUGUUUCAUCUGGCGACACCUUGUAUGUGGAGCCCAGCUCAACAUUGACCUGCCUGCCUUAAAGGGUUUUACGAAGGCAGGUCCGAAGCUUUGGGUUCAUAUAUUUAACGAGUGGUUGUUGCAUCUUUAGUUUAUUUUACAUGUCAAAUUUGGUUUUGGGUGGUAUCACCGAUGAUUGCUGUAACUUAUUUUAAGAGAGAAUGCAUGGUUGAUUUUGCAGAGAUGGUUUUCCCUUGACACCUUCAUUUUAAAUCUUAUUUCUGUUGCCGUCGAGAUGAUAUUAAACCUGUGCCUUAGGAAUGCAAACGAUUGCACAUAUUCUGGGAUGACGGGUCUGGAGAGUCAAUCCGAAGAUUAUGUUAUUUUAUGGUUCAUUUACUCUCGUGUGAGAUUAAUGUGCACGUCACACCCAGAGGAAGAAUAGGGCUGUUGUCGGGGGUUUGAAUGAUCCUGCUUGUGCUUCUUUUAACUUUACUUACCCACACGGAACAUCUAAAAUCAAAAAUGUUUCCAAGUGUAAUGAAACUUUGCCUUUAGUGCUUUGAGAUUCUGAUAAAUACACUCGAAAUUACCUUUUUUUUUCAAACCAGCACCCUAUUUUCCAUGUGUAGCCAAUACAGUUAUGAUUUCCCAUAUCUGAAUGUAGAUUGGACAUUGGUGCUAUCGGGUUGAAAAUAUUACAACAUUAAGCUGCUGGCAAUUUCUUCUUAUUUUUGGUAACAUUCUAAUUGAACCAGAACCACUGUUCUACCUCCAGCGAACCUCCACGUCAUGGCCUGUAGAACCAUUUCAUGACGUAGUUGCAUAUGCCAGUUGCCCGAGAUAAGGCUGCGGAAUCGCCCUGCCCCCUCCUCUUUCCUUUGAAGAUCCCCCGAAAUUCUAGAACGGAAGGGAUCUCGAACUUAAGCAUAUUCCCCUUUCAUUACGUUUGCGGUGGAAAGACCGUUUAGAUACUUUAGUAUUCCGUUGAUAUGUAUUAUGUCAGUGUUUCAAUUCUGCUUGCGUAUGACUAAAUUUUGAUGAAAUCCAAGUUGUGACCUGAUUAGGGGGAGGGUCAAUGAAAAAGGCAAUAAUGGGGCCUUCUCUGAGCAAGGGAGAGGGGCAUAUGUAAGCAAUGGCAACGAUAACACAUGCGUUUAAGUUCUGUAUUUAUUACGAUUUUCAUUUGAAAGCUAUUAAAAUAACAGAUUAAAUAAAUGUUGAAAUGAAAUGGCUUUUAUAGCAAAUGUAUGUUUGUAAAUAAAAUGUUCAUAAUGUA